CGGCAACAGCCACCCGCUCGUCGUCUGACGAUGGCUUCAUCGUCAUCACCAGCGGCUGCUCCGUGCCGGUUCCUGUCCCCCCUCGCCACCGCCGCCUCCCGCGCCCUCCUCUCAUCCCCGACCCCAACAACAAGGAGGCGGCUACUCCUCUCCACCACCACGACCACCAUUGCCGCCGCCAUGGCCGCUUCUUCGCAGAGCGAGGGCUCGGCCUCUUCCCCCUGCAAGGUCCUCGACUCGCACCUCCACGUCUGGGCCUCGUCACAGCAGGCCAAGGAGGGGUACCCGUACUUCCCCGGCCAGGAGGCCACGCUCCGGGGCGACGCCGACUUCUUGCUCGAGUGUAUGGCUGAAGCUGGAGUGGAUGGUGCUCUCAUUGUUCAACCUAUUAAUCAUAUGUUUGAUCAUUCCUUGGUAACUAGUGUGUUGAAGAAAUGCCCAUCUAAAUUCAUCGGUUGCUGCCUUGCGAAUCCUGCAGAUGAUGGAAGUGGGAUUAAACAGCUCGAACAUCUGAUUGUACAAGAAAAAUACCGUGCUGUCCGGUUCAACCCAAACUUAUGGCCAUCAGGUCAAAAGAUGACUAAUGAGGUUGGAAGGUCAUUGUUUGCUAAGGCUGGAGAACUUGGAGCACCAGUUGGAAUAAUGACGAUGAAGGGAAUUGGUCUAUAUAUUCAGGAAAUAGAGGAGCUCUGUAGGGAUUAUCCCGAAACUACUGUUAUCCUUGAUCAUAUGGCUUUCUGCAAGCCACCAACGAACACUGAAGAAGAGAAGGCAUUCUCUUCAUUUCUAAACUUAUCCAGAUUCCCAAAGGUUUAUGUCAAAUACAGUGCUCUUUUCCGCAUCUCAAGAGAAGCCUAUCCAUAUGAGGACACUGCUCAGCUUCUUUCCCGUGUGAUAUCUAACUAUGGAGCCAAUCGAAUAAUGUGGGGAAGUGACUUCCCCUUUGUUGUUCCUGAAUGUGGCUACAAAGGAGCAAAGGAGGCAGUCUCUCAUGCCGCGAGCAAGAUAUCUGUUUCACCAUCAGAUUUGGAAUGGAUCCUGGGUAAAACAGUGAGCCAACUAUUCCAAGGUGCAUGGGUUGCUCCUUGAGGGAGCUGUCAUGAUCAGUGUAGUGGUGUGGUGUAGUGUAGCUGGUAGGAUAAUGUAUUCCGGGACAGCUAACUCUUCACACGAGGGGAAGUCUUUGUCCUAUUUUCCAAUGUUCAAAUGUAUACAAUGUUUUGGUUUGACAUGAAUACACUAGAUAAAGCACUUCUAAAGUUCUGAUUUC